UGAAAUAAGGAAAGGGAUUAGUUGAUGUUUAUUAUAGCAAUGCGUGUUUUUGAAAAUCCCAAGACAUUCAAACCUUCUACUGAGGAACUUCCGGUCGUUUUACUUUGACAAGCCAAUGACCGGAAGUGUCGUUGAAUGCCAUGCGCUUGAUGCCGCUUAGGAGCGAGCGUCGAGCAGGAAGCUGACCGCGGGCGGGGGGGUUGAACGUUGUCUGGCGGCCCCGAGGACGAGCACACGCCGCGGAGCACCAUGGCGACGCAAGGACCGGAGUCCGCCCGUUCUCCGUCCCUCACUCCCCAGCACGGAUCCUCGCCGUCCGACCCGAGCCUCAGCAACGGCCCCGCGCCGCCCAACCGGGGCUUGGAGCGGGCGCUGGAGGAGGGGGCGGGCAGCGGGGCCAUCAACCUCAGCGCCCGGAAACUGAAGGAGUUCCCCCGGACUGCGGCCAACCACGACCUGAGCGACACGGUGCAGGCAGACUUGUCCAGGAACCGCCUGGCCGAGGUGCCCUCCGAGGUCUGCAACCUGGUCGCCUUGGAGACGCUGAACCUUUACCACAACUGCAUCAGGACCAUCCCCGACAGCAUCAUCAGCCUGCAGUCGCUCACCUCCCUAAACCUCAGUCGCAACCAACUGGGCGCUCUGCCAGCCUGCCUCUGCACGCUGCCGCUGAGGGUCCUCAACGCCAGCAACAACAAGCUGGUCAGCCUGCCUGAGAGUGUGGGUCAACUGCAGCGCCUUAUGGAGCUGGACAUCAGCUGUAACGAGAUCACCGCUCUUCCUCGACACAUCGGCCGUCUGCGAGCACUACGCGAACUCAACGUGCGGCGAAAUCUCCUCUGCGUCCUUCCAGAAGACCUGGCCCACCUUCCUCUGGUCAAGUUGGACUUCUCGUGCAACAAGGUGUCCACCAUCCCAGUGUGCUACAGGAAGAUGAGGCAGCUUCAGGCCCUGCGGCUGGAGAACAACCCGCUGCAGAGUCCCCCGGCACAGAUCUGUCUGAAGGGCAAAGUGCACAUCUUCAAGUAUCUCAGCAUGGAGGCGUGUCGCAGCGAGAAGAUGGCCGACGCCCUCUACCUGCCCGUCUUGGAGCGCCUCAGCCUGUCGCGUCCUGUGGUCGGCAGUGUGGAGGACAUGGAGCUGCAGCGAAAGCAGGACAGCGACUCGGGAGUCGGCAGCGACAUCGGAGACAAGAGGCUGUCUGCGACGGAGCCGUCUGACGAGGACAGCUUGAGUGCCAACGUGCCCAUGAGCAACAUCAGGGAGGAGGAUGGACUCAGUAAAGACGACUCCAGCGAACACAUCAGCUCUCUGACAGAUUCCAACUCUGAGCCAGUCCGCCUGACCGGGGAGAGUCCCACGGAGGCCCUGAAGGAGCAGCUGGCCUACAGAGACCCUGGCUUCAUCAGCUACAUCAAGAGACGGCGGGCGGUGGAGUUCGACGAGCCGCUCCGGAUAGACGAGGACUCUCACUGGACGACGGAGCAACGCCAGAGGCCAAAGGUGGGCUCCACGUUGGAGGGUGAGCUCCACCUGGACAUGAUCCAGCAGCUGAAAGAGGCCGUGGAGCUGCUGCAGGACCCCGACAGAAUAAGCUCGGAGCAAGAGAACCUGAGUGGAGUCCAGCUGUACCCCGUGGAGAUGGUCACUGAGGAAGAGUCGGUCAACGGGCAGGACAGCGAUGACGGCGCCACAACACCAAAGCACUCGGAGGAAGGAGGUGGCUAUGAGUUCCAGAAGAAGAGACGGAUGAUUCUAGAAAAGGCUCGCUUUGAGGCCCAGCUUGCAUGGCGGCGGUAUGAAUGGCACAUGCAGCAACGGGACCGGUGCCCGGGCGGGAUCCCUGCCGUCUCCAGCUUGCCGUUUGGCCUGAAACCUCGCUCAGCCCCGCCCUCGCUGCCUUGCUCGCCCCCGCCCUCCCCCUUCCUUCUCUCGCAGGGCCCGACCCUCCUCAGGGAUUUGUGCCGUAGCCGCGAUGCCGGAGGCGUACUGGACCGCGUGUUCCUGCGGAGCCACAAGUGUCUGGAGACGGUGGACCCUCAGUUCACCAUGAGGAGGAAGAUGGAGCAGCUCCGAGAGGAACUGGAGCUGAUGGAGCAGCUGAGAGACAGCAUCGAGAGCCGCCUGAAGGUGGUUCUCCCUGACGACCUGGGCACCUCGCUGAUGGACGGCGUGGUGCUCUGCCACCUGGCCAACCACAUCCGCCCGCGCUCCGUGGCCAGCAUCCACGUUCCCUCGCCCGCAGUGCCCAAACUCAGCAUGGCCAAGUGUCGCAGGAACGUGGAGAACUUUCUGGAUGCCUGCAGGAAGAUCGGCGUGGCCGAGGACAAGCUGUGUCUUCCUCACCACAUCCUGGAGGAGAAAGGCCUGAUGAAGGUGAGCGCCAUGGUCCAGGCGCUGGUGGACGAGGUGCCCCUCAAGACGUGAGAUGGGCGGGGCCUCCUCUGACAGGACUCCUGCGCCCGCGUGACAUUCGAGGACCUUGGGACGCGGGCACGUCACGCAAGUUGUUGUUUUUGAACCCUCUAUUUCGGAAGCGGUGACUUGACUUUUUUUCUUAUCGGAGGACGUCAUUGUCCAGAUGACGGGAAGAAAUGUCAGCUUGCUCAGUGUCAAAAGUGUCGUUUUGCGUUUUUUAAUUUUUGCACGUACGUUUGAGGGAAGUGAACAAAUGUGAUGUUUCUAGAAGCCAGAGCAACUGUGACGAGUCUUUAGCGCCGCGGGGACUGAACCGUCAACCGGCGUCCACGUAGCGUUUUAGCUGGUGGGCGUCGAGCGCUUUUUGCAAAAAAAAAGAACCGUUUUUUUGUGUGAGGUUUGGCGAGCGUGCGAACUUUUAGCCGCCGUUUGUAUUUCCAGGCAAAUCUAUUUAUUGUACCAGGACGGCGCGUUCAAGUUGGAAUAUUCCAAAAAGUAUUUUUCUCGAGUAAUAUAUUUUGUUAUCGUUGUGUUUUUAUAGAGUUGUCGUCUGAGCCAGCGUCUUUUUGCAAUUCUUAAUCCCAACUUUUUUUACACUGGGAAGGAGGAAUAAACGUACACGCAGUCUUCGUCACGCAGCCAUGGUUCUUUUUUGGGGGGCGGGGCAAAAUGACGGCGUGACCCAAUUCUGAUGGCGUGUGAAUAUUUUUGUAUUAUUAUUCCAAAAGCAGACAUUCCUUUUUAACGGGCAGGUGUUGGUAUUUGCAGGGACAUCACGUGAGUAAUGGCGGCCUCUGCUGGCCAAACAGACAAGUUGCAGCAUUUUCAAUCCAAGGCUAAAACUGCAGUGAAAAGAAGAGAAUAAAUCUAGUCCUCAUUAUGAAGACAAGACACCGUUUUGUUGCUUCUGGGAUAAAAAAUAAGAAGGUUAGAAAAUAGUUACCGUAGAUGUUUUAGAUUGCUGCUCCCCAAAUGUUAUUAAGAGAAAUGUGUUUGAAAUCACUUUUUUUUAUUUUUAAUCUUCCAGAGUAUUUAAUUGUUGAAUGAAUUCCCACUUCCACACGUGCGCCACGCAAUGUGGGCGCUUAUUGUAGGCUGGCAAAGUGAGUCGCAGGAAAUCAAAGACUGGAGUCACUAUGGCGGGAAACAAUAUAAAUGUUUUUUAACGGCCGAUAUCGAUAUUUUUGUAUGAUCUAACGAAAAUAAGGUGGAUAAAAAUGUGCUAAAUGUCAACAUUUGUCUGAUUAGAAUCCCCUCAGCAGAACAAAAGUAUUAGAACAGUAUUAAUACUGUCCCAAUACUUUUCUAAUACUAUACCGAUACUGUCCCAAUACUGUCCUAAUACUAUACCAAAACAUGUCCCGAUACUGUUCUAAUACUAUCCUGAUAAUGUCCUAAUAUUGUCCCGAUACUGUCCUAAUAUUUUCCCAAUAUUAUCCCGAUACUGUCCUAAUACUAUCGCAAUACUGUCCUAAUACGAACCCAAAACUGUCCCAAUACUGUUCUGAUACUAU